UGCACUUUCAACAUUUGCCUGUGACUCGCUGCUGCCUGACAUGAACCCAAGCCGGUAGUAGUGGUGAAAAGGGAGUCUGUGAGACCAGAAACAGCAACAUCCACGACAUCCACCUCGACAAUCGCCGCCAUGUCCAAGGUCGCUCCAAGCGCACGAACGUGGACACUUCGGUUCAAGAACCACACCAGCACCAUCCUGCUCGAAGUCGACCCACUGCAGAGCCUCUCUGAUGUUCGAGCGGAGCUCCUUCAUGCCCUCGUCGAAACGUCACCUGGCGGCAAGCUCAAUGGACAAGAAAUACCUCAGAAUGCUAAGCACAUCAAACUCGGGAUCGCCAACGAUCGCAACGAUCUCAGCAAAGGCUACUCUUCAGUUGUUGGCGAGCUCGAGGAGGCCAGCGACACUGGCAAGGGCAAGGGGAAGGCACCGGUAGGCAGCGCCAAAGCCGACUCGCUCAAGGAUUGCCCACAGGGCGUUGGCAUGAAAAAUGGCGAUGUCGUCGCAUUCAAGUUCGUUGGCAACGGAGGCAUUGCAGAUGAGUCCACCGAAGAUAUAAUCGAAGAGUGGGAUGUCAUUGUGCCGACUAUCGAGGACACCUACAAGGAGGACGAUGAGGGGCUAGCCAUGGACGAAGGGUGAGGUGUCAAUCGCCUCGAGACACUCUCAGCUGUGCCUCCUGGUUCUGUCACCCGAAAAGGGAGCCAAGAUAUGUUGAGGAUGGAUACAUGGAUACCAUCAUACCACAUGUCGUGCUUGCAAUCUUAGUCGCACGGCGUAAAGGCGUAGCACAGACCGCCAUGACCCAAGAUCACAACAACGGAAAGCCGCAGCACGCUUGACCUCUUCGAGAGCGUGUUCAACGUCGGCUUAGGCUUUGAAGAAGUCUAUUGGCCCAAAUACACGCCGAGAACGACACGCAUCCGCUGUCAGAACGAUAAACGUGGUUCCUGAGUAUAUCUCAACCUCAGCAACCGGGUUCGAAGGGGAAAUGGGCUUGCAAGGCCAUUGAGAUAUGAAGCUGUCAAAUACUGGCCACAAAUCGACAGAUGCUCUGUCACACCAUCUGUUCUUGAGUUUGCUUGUGGUUGUUUGCUUUACAAAGACACUGACUGGUUUCUUUGGCGAGCUCAGCGUCAAUAAACUACCAAUAGGAGGCGGUCAUCAAUCGUCCUCGACUACAAUUGCUCCUGCAGCACGGAAGCCGUCGCCAUG